AUGAAAAUUGUAUUUAAAAAAAGGAAUGUAGAUAGCUCAAGGAAGACAUGGUCAUCUUCCAAAAGAGAGAAGGCGAAUGAGGUGUCGCAAACGCGUUCAAAGACAUCCAAAAAAACAGUUAUUGAACAACCAAAAGUGAAGCUGAGGGUUAAGAUCAAAACUGUAAGUAAGAAACGUGAACUAUCUGAUGAAGAUGAUUCAGAUUUUCAGAGUUAUCCUGGAUCUUCAAAGAAACCAAAGAGAGAAACUAAAGUUUUGAAGAAAGAUAAAAAAGCUAUUGUUAUAAAAGAAUUUCCUUCAUUGAAGAAUAGAUGUUCACCCGGGUCAUUGUUGGGUGUUAUUCAAGGUUUAAGUAGAGAACCAGAAGGAUUGUGUUAG